GUGACGUCAGCCGCCACACCCUCUGACGCUGGACGUCACGUCACGUCACGUCGGAACCAGCAGCCGCUUAGCAGCAACUUGUGCGGUGUCGCCGAAGCGGUCGGAAAUGGUUCCUCCGGAGAUUACCGAGGACUCUCCGUGAUAGUGGACCGGGCCGGGACUUGAAGAGGAGUCGUGACGAGUCACCGGACAGACUCGGACUGAGACAGGAGGAGCAACAGGAGGUCGAGCUGGUUCGGUCCCCAGCCGUCUAAUACACGUCUGACCGAGCGGAACCGAGGACAAGCGGCCCGGCUGCUGGUGGACUCUAACCUGUGUUCAUGCUGCAUGGGUAUCCGGGACUCCCCGGGACCGUGAAGCCUCUGAAGCCGUAUGGCGUCCACCCAGGCCCGGAUAGGCCAGCAGGCCCUGGUGGUUCUGGACGUGGCUCUGCGGGUCCCCUGCAUCUUUAUCAUCGACGCCAUCUUUAACUCGUACUACGACCCGGGUUCGGGAUGGGCCGGUGCGAUGGGGAAGGUUCUGGUUCGAGUCCUGGGCAUCCUCAUCUCGAGCGUGGUGCUGCUGCUCUCCCAGAAAGCCCUGCUCAAGUUCUACACCCUCUUCUUUGCCGUUCUUCUCGGCAUGGCGGCUGUCCUCUUCAACUACUACGCCACCUCCCACAUAGACUUCUACAGCGCCUACUACAAAGCGGCCCUGGGGUUCAGGCUGUUGCCCAGAAACGGGCCGACGCUGUGGCUGGGCAUGGCCGCCGUCCAGCUCGUUUUCGGCGUGGGCUACGUGUUCCUGCUCAACCUCCAGUCGGUGUUCGCCGCGCUGGUGGUCCUGGACAUCAUGAUCCCCCUGUGGGGGCUGAUGAUCGAGCUGCCGGCGGACGUCAGGCAGCUGGUCGCCGUGUUCUCGGGCCUGGCGCUGGCGCUCAACACGGCCGUGUGCCUGGCCAUGAGGCUCAAAUGGUUUUACUACUCGUGCCGGUACGUCUACCUGCUUGUGCGGCACAUGUACAGGAUCUACGGUCUGCAGCUGCUUCUAAAGGACACGUGGAAGAGGAUCAGGUUCCCUGACGUGCUGCGGGUGUUCUGGCUGACCCGGGUCACGGCCCAGGCUAUGAUCCUGGUCUACGUGGUGCGGGCGGUGAGGAGGGAGAGCGGCGACGCGACAGGCGGUGCCGCUGACGGGAGCUCGGACUCGCAGGGUUACCUGCUGAGCUGGGACGUGUUCUGGGAUCUGACGAGUAACCUGAUCAUCUCCGGCUGUGAUUCCACCCUCACUGUCCUCGGGAUGAGCGCUGUCAUCUCGUCUGUGGCGCACUACCUCGGCCUCAGCAUCCUGGCCUUCAUAGGUUCGACGGAGGAGGAGGACAAGCGUUUAGGCUUCGUGGCUCCUGUUCUGUUCUUCAUCCUGGCUCUGCAGACCGGCCUCAGCAGCCUGGACCCCGAGGAGCGCCUGGUCCGCCUGAGCCGGAACAUGUGCCUUCUGCUGACGGCCAUCCUGCACUUCAUCCACGGCAUGACCGACCCCGUCCUGAUGUCCCUCAGCGCCUCCCACGUCUCCUCCGUUCGCCGCCACGUCCCCGUCCUGCUGGUGUCCACGGCGCUCUUCGUGCUCCCCGUGGUGCUCAGCUACGCCCUCUGGCACCACUACGCCCUCAACACGUGGCUCUUUGCCGUCACCGCCUUCUGCGUGGAGCUCUGCCUCAAGGUGGUGGUGUCGCUGACCGUCUACGCCCUCUUCAUGGCGGACGGCUUCUCCAACAUCCUGUGGGAGAAGCUGGACGACUACGUCUACUACGUGCGCUCCACGGGCAACAUCAUCGAGUUCCUGUUCGGCGUCAUCAUGUUCGGGAACGGCGCCUACACCAUGAUGUUCGAGUCGGGCAGUAAAAUCCGCGCCUGCAUGAUGUGCCUGCACGCUUACUUCAACAUCUACCUGCAGGCCAAGAACGGCUGGAAGACCUUCAUCAACCGCCGCACGGCCGUCAAGAAGAUCAACUCGCUGCCGGAGGUGUGCGGCGACCAGCUGAGAGACAUCGAGGACGUCUGCGCCAUCUGCUACCAGGAGUUCGCCACGUCGGCCCGCAUCACGCCCUGCCACCACUACUUCCACGCGCUGUGCCUGAGGAAGUGGCUCUACAUCCAGGACACGUGCCCCAUGUGCCACCAGAGAGUUUACGUGGAGGAGGAGAGCCGAGACAGAGCCGCCUUUUCCAACAACAACGGGGGCUACGCAGCGCCGCAGGACGCCGCUGCCGCAGCUGCCCCGCAAGCGCCGGGGGAGAACCAGCACGGACAGCCCGACGCCGCCGAGCCGCCGGGCGACGGGGCGGCAGCCGGCGUCCAGGCGGCCGCAGGAGGACCGGGGGACGUCGACAACGAGCUGCUGGAGGACAACGACAGCAUAGAGUACGACGAGGACGAGUGGAGUACUCUAAACAGCAGCACGCCGAUAGAAGAAGACUAUAUCAACGAUGACACAGACUCCACGGAGGACUGAGGAGGAAAGAUCUAUAGAAGAGAAUAUAUCUUUAUUAUAUUUAAGUUAAAAAAAAAAGAAUUCUAAAAGAAAACUUCAGCAUCUUGAUUUGUUCUUGAAAAAAAACGUCAGGGAUGUCGUUCUGUUUCUUCUCGUUAGUUUCUCUUUGUUUUGAUUUUGGGUUUUACUCUAAAAGGGCUCGUGGAAAGAGUAACUGCUGCUCUCUGUGUGUGUGUGUGUGAGAGAGUGUGUGUGUGUGUGUGUGUGUCGGGGCUGCAUGAUGUAGACCAAAAACUCAUAUUUUAUUUUUUGUUUUCUCCUGAAAUGACCCUGACACAAAUCUCACACAACGCCUCAAAGCUGACGCACGUCGGCGAGUUCAGUCUGCUGAAGAACGGAAGCGUCGCUUCAUCACAACUUUGUUUAGAUUUUGUCACUUGUGCAGCCCCAACGUGUGUGUGAUAUGUGCGAUCGCGUGUGUGUGUGCCGACUUUGUAAUGUGCUUAGACGAUGUCUUAAAGAUGCAGUUGAGUUCCCCGGUGGUGUCAUCGGGGGAGAUGAUGGAGUGUGUUAGUUUGUCGAGGACAGAACUGUGGAGCGACUCAGCCGAUUGGAGCUUUGAUGAGUCUGUAAGUCAGGACAGAGAGCGCUGCAACGAAGUGUGAAAUGUUUCCGUACUUCCUCCAGCUCUCUGAUCGGCGAGCAGAUGUCAAAACGUCGACCUCGCUCACGGUUCCAGCCUCACUGUCUCGCUCUUCGUCAUCUUAGUGAGGAGUUCGCCACGUCGUCGAGCGCUCUCUCGUCCAGGCUCGCAGAUCGAUCGCAGCUCAGAUUUGCUCGUUCAACAUUUUUCGUCCUUAACGAACGAACUCGAGCAGAACAUCUGUGUCCAGAGAGAGAAGCAGUUUUCUAUCAAGCGGAGAAAAAACCUGAGAGGUGUGUCUGAUUUUAAAGAAAUGACUUGCUACUGUAAUCACUGAUAUACCUCUGUCAUUACUUAACUACUGGUCUCUUGUGUGACCUUCGCUUACAUACGUGUACGUUAUUGUACAUAUAAUAAUAAAAACAAGAACGUGCACACAUUCUCCCGUAAGGUUAAGAGAAGUUUGUUUGUAUUUUUCAAUACUUUCUCUUCACGUGAAUCAGUAUUCAGACCCAGAACACGUCGCUUGCAGUGAAAGUCACGUGAAGAGCUCUGAUCCAAAAACACACGCACGCACGAGAAGGUGCGACUUGUUUUGUCUUUUAAAAGGUUUUCCACGUCUGUCAUGGGUCAUGUUGUGAGAACAGAUGUCACUUUUCGUUGGCAGGGUGGUCGUAUCAUUCAGUAAAUGCACCUUUUUGUUGUUUAGUUUCUAAUCACUGGUACAGACGGGAGCUGUCUGUCCGACGCACCGCGGCGACUGCACCUUUCCUGAAGGCUCAAACUGUGCUUCUAGUCUCUCAGGGUCCUGCUGCACGGCUGGAAGAGUGUUUUCAAUAGACUGAAGUAUUUCCAGGCCUAAAAACAAAUCACACGGAUCAUUUUUUUGUUGUUGUUGUUGCAGUAAACCUGAGACACUGUCAUCUCAUACAGUCUGAUGAUCUGUCACGGCUCGGCUCAGACGUCCUACUGAACACUCAUCCCAAAUCGUGUAACUACUGGCACGAAAAAACGUUUCAGAGCCGCUUUCACCUUUCCUGACCGUACAGCUCGGGCUGAUACAGAUCCCCAACAUCACGUCAUUAAGAGUCUAUUAAAAAGCUUUCAAGCACAACACUUUUGUGAGUAUUACGUUGUUUAGACUUCCACAGCCUGAACGUCUUAAGGGUUUGACUCCAAACUCGUGCUCAUUACUGUUGUAAUUAAAAAAAAUAAAUAAGCUGUGGAGUCCGUUUUGAGUUGUGGUUGAUGAUGAGAAGAUGAUGGGGUCUGUGAUUUGAUUAGAAAGCUGUGCUUUAUUUUGAAGGACUUUUGAUUAUUAGUUUGUCCUGGAAGCUUUUUAAAAAGGUGAACGCUGUUCUUUUUGCCUUUUGUUUUAAAAAGAGAUUUAUGUAAAUAAAAUCAUCUUUGAUAUUGA